AUGAAUAUUUCAACCCCUCAAUACCCUAGUGUCAAACUCUCUCCAGAGUCUCCACCAUCCUCAUCAUGGGAUGAGUUUCUUUUUGCUAAUGAUUUACUUCCACUACACAAAUAUGAAGCAGCAGAGAAACUUGAAUUCAAGAUCUUAAAUGAGGACGCCGGGGAACCAGUGGAAAUCGAUUUUUCCAAGGGAGAAAAGAAAGAAAAGAUCGAUUCCAAUGUGAAAGAAGAAGAGCCUGUAAAGGAAAAGCACUAUGUAGGAGUUAGAAAGCGUCCAUGGGGAAAGUUUGCGGCCGAGAUUAGGGAUUCAACAAGGCAAGGAACAAGGGUUUGGCUCGGAACGUUUGAUACUGCUGAGGAGGCUGCUUUGGCUUAUGAUCAAGCUGCAUUUUUGAUGCGAGGUCAGUUGGCUCUCCUGAACUUCCCAAAGGAGAGAGUUCAGGAAUCGCUUCGAGUCAUGGAAAUGAAGUUCAGCAGCUACAAGGAUGGUUAUUCCCCAGCUGCAGCCCUGAAGGAAACACACAAGAUGAGAAGUAUGUCAAAAGGUAGGAGAAAGAAAGGGAAACAAAUAAGUGAAGGAAAUGAUUCACGGUUCUCAGAAAUUUCUAAUAAUGUUUUGGUAUUUGAAGACUUAGGAGCAGAUCUGCUGGAUGAGCUCCUGACUUCAUCUGAGAAUGCAAGUACUAGUUUGUAA